GUCGACUUGGUCCCACGAGGAAGCGGCGGCGCAACUCAGGCCGGCUGGUCCUAGAUGAAGGACGUUCUAGCCGACCCCCUACUCGAUGGUAGGGCCCUCCUCAGUCCGGCCUCCGGGCGCCGCCAUGUUGGAGCCUCAGUACGGGAGCCAUGGAUGCGAGCGCACGGCCGGCAGCCGGACUCGGGCCAGCUCCGCUGAGCACAUGCUGGAGGUGCGGCCGGGGCUGUUCCUGGGUGGAGCUGCGGCAGUCGCGGAGCCGGACCACCUGAGGGAGGCGGGCAUCACGGCCGUGCUGACGGUCGACUCGGAGGAGACCGACUUCAACACGGGGGCUGGGGUCGAGGGUCUACGGAGUCUCUUCGUGCCAGCGCUGGACAAACCCGAGACCGACCUGCUUAGCCAUCUGGACCGGUGCGUGGCCUUCAUCGGCCAGGCCCGCGCCGAGGGCCGCGCGGUGCUGGUGCAUUGUCACGCAGGGGUCAGUCGAAGUGUGGCUGUAAUGACUGCUUUUAUGAUGAAGACUGACCAACUUACCUUUGAAAAAGCCUAUGAAAACCUUAAGACUAUCAAACCAGAGGCUAAGAUGAAUGAGGGGUUUGAGUGGCAACUGAAAUUAUACCAGGCAAUGGGAUGUGAAGUAGAUACCUCUAGUGCAAUUUAUAAACAGUAUCGUUUACAAAAGGUUACAGAGAAGUAUCCAGAAUUGCAGAACUUACCUCAAGAACUCUUUGCUGUUGACCCAUCCGCCAUUACACAAGGAUUGAAAGAUGGGGUUCUCUACAAAUGUAGAAAGUGCAGGCGAUCUUUAUUUCGAAGUUCUAGCAUUUUGGAUCAUAAUGAAGGAAGUGGUCCUAUAGCCUUUGCCCAUAAGAGAAUGACACCAUCCUUCAUGCUUACUACAGGGAGUCAGGCUCAGUGUACAUCUUAUUUCAUUGAACCUGUGCAGUGGAUGGAAUCCAGUUUGUUGGGAGUGAUGGAUGGACAGCUUCUUUGCCCCAAAUGCAAUGCCAAGUUGGGUUCUUUCAACUGGUAUGGUGAACAGUGCUCAUGUGGUAGAUGGAUAACACCUGCUUUUCAAAUACAUAAGAACAGAGUGGAUGAAAUGAAAAUGCUGCCAGUUUGGGGAUCACAAACAAGAAAAAUAUGAACUUGUGACAUUUGAUAACUUGCUGAUGAUAUGUGCUACCCUUGCUUAUUGUCAUUCAUGGCAGAUUGUUUAGUUUUAGGCCAUUAACAUUUCAUUUGAAAUAUGAGAAGAUAAAAAUCAUUUGACUUAGAAACUAUUCUUUGUCAGCUUCUUACACUAAGUAGAAUGGAAAUCAAAACCUUUUAAUCAUGUAAAUUAUACUUUAUUUGAUAUUAAAAUCUUUUAUAACCCAGAUACUUUCUUUAUUUCAUAUAUAUUUAAAAGUUGUGAUUUUUGGAAUGUUAGUUAUGUAAUCUUAAGGUCUAGAUGGACAAAAUUAUGUAUAAAAAUUAGAAACUGUCAUGUUUAAGUGACAUUCUUUUAUUUCUAGAAAUGUAAAGCAGAUUUGUUUGGACAUAUUUUGACAUUUCUCUUUCUCUCUUUUAAGGGACAUUAGUAAAGCUACAUUAGUCUGGGUUUUUCUUGGAAAUGUAGAAGAAAAGGACAUCAGUAAAACACUGACUAAAGUGUGGUUUUCCUAUGAUACUUUUUGAAGUAAUCUACUUAAAGAAAUGUAUUAAUGUUAGGUAUAUUUCUAAUGAUGAAGAAAAUUAAAUGUGGAGUAACUACAUAUCAAUCACCUUUUUUAGCCUGAUGUGUUAGUGUAUUGGAAAAGGUAAUAUGUCCGGAUUAGUUUUUUUUUUUU